AGCAGUAGUACAGACUUGCCGAGUAGUACAGAGUGUAUGUACAGAGUAGCACAGAGCAGAGAGCCAGAGACGGAGACGAACAAUUGAAGAUUCGGUGGCACAAUCGCUUAGCUGCCAGAGUGAGUGCGUGUAAGAGCGAGAGGGAAGCUUAAGAAGCCCAGAAGAGCGAGAGAGAGAGUGUCUCGAGUGUGGAGAGGAGAGGAGAGUGUCAGUGUGUUGUAGUGGGGCUGUGGAAGACGAUGAUGGCCGCCACCAGCGAGGAACAGAGUGUUAUGGAUUCGUCUUUGAUAAAUUGUGGGCAGCAGCCCUCGGAUCGAUUGAAAAUGCUCUAUCCGAUGGUAAACGAGGAAGAGACGCCCUUGCCGAGGUCUUGGAGCCCUAAGGACAAGUACAACUACAUCGGGCUGUCCCAAAAUAAUCUUCGCGUUCACUACAAAGGUUUUGGAAAAACACACAAAGACGCUGCCAGCGUUCGCACAACGCAUUCGAUACCAGCUGCCUGCGGUCUCUACUAUUUCGAAGUUAAAAUAGUGAGCAAAGGGAGAGAUGGUUAUAUGGGAAUUGGUCUGUCGGCGCAUGGAGUAAAUGUUAACAGACUUCCUGGAUGGGACAAACACUCAUACGGGUAUCAUGGCGAUGAUGGUCACAGCUUUUGUUCUUCAGGAACUGGUCAGCCUUAUGGGCCGACUUUUACAACUGGUGAUGUUAUUGGCUGUGGUGUCAAUCUUGUUGAUAAUACCGCGUUUUACACUAAAAAUGGAACACAUUUGGGCAUUGCCUUCUCUGAUUUACCUCCAAAUCUGUAUCCCACAGUAGGCUUGCAGACUCCUGGCGAGGUAGUCGACGCUAAUUUCGGACAAACGCCCUUUGUGUUUGAUAUUGGUGAUAUGAUUAACGAGCUACGCGUACGCACGAGAUUACAGAUUAUCAAUUAUCCUACCCCCGACCAUGGUCAGGGACAGUGGCAAGCUGUUUUACACAAGAUGGUAUCAACGUAUUUGGUCCAUCAUGGUUACUGCGAUACUGCCGAAGCAUUUGCCAAUAGUACAGGACAACCUUUCGAUGAAGACUUCAGUUCAAUAAAAAAUAGACAAAGAAUUUUGAAGCUCGUACUCGCGGGUCGUAUGGGCGAAGCAAUAAAGUUGACGACAGAGUUGUACCCGACUUUAUUGGACCGGGAUCCGAACUUGAUGUUCGCUCUCAAGUGUCGUCAAUUUGUUGAAAUGGUUAACGGAAGUGAUUCCGAAGUUAAUCAGACGAUCGGGAGUUCAACAUCCGCCACCAACACUACCAUUACUGUUAAUAAUUCAAAUACCAACACUAAUACUAAUAUUAAUACUAAUGCUAAUACUAAUAAUACUUAUAGCAUUACCAACACUAACACUAAUACAAAUAUCAAUAUUAAUAUAAACACAAACACGAGUAAUGAUAACCAGACCAGUGUGAUACAGUCAACAAAAGCGUACAACAGCAAAUCGUCAAACGGGACUGUGGAAGAAAUGAAUUUAAACAACACGCUGAACGGAACCGUAGAUCAGCAGUUUAUAAAUGGACAAAUAGAGGAUGAUGUUGAUAUGGAGAUGGAGAGCAACACUGCGACUAUUAAUAAUAUUAAUGGGUUCAAAAAUACUACCAAUGGAUACCAGAAUGGUAAUCCUAAUUCUAAUGGGUACAAGUGUAAUGGAGAAGAUAUUGAUAUGGAAAUAGACAGUGCCAACCAAAACCAACAAAACGGCAAUAGUAUAGAAAACCCCAGUGUUAAGCUCAGUAAAAAACAAUUAUGUGGCGGUAAUAAGCAGGCGAUCGAAAAAAUGCUGGAGUUCGGACGGCAGUUGUACUCCCAAUCGAUACACCUGAGACAGUCGUACGGAAAGAAUGAAGCUAACAAAAAAAUGCUCCAAGACGCGUUUAGUUUACUCGCGUAUUCAAAUCCUUGGAACUCUCCUGUCGGCUGGCAGUUAGAUCCUCAGGAGCGAGAAACUGUCUGUGCUCGAUUAAACUCAGCUAUUCUCGAGUCUACAAAUCUUCCACGACGACCACCCCUCGAAGUGGCAAUAUCGCACGCGCGGGAGUUGGUCCGACUGAUGUCGGGCGCCGGUCUAGGAGCCUGCGGCUUUGCAGUAGUGGAUAACAUAAUCCAAUAUUGACGGUGCCUGUCUCUGGUGUCACGUCCAGUUCUCCAGCCUGCCCGAGUGUGGUGAGUGAUCUCGUAAUAACCUUCAAGGAUAUAAGUGUGAAGUGCCUGACAAUCUAAGAUCGAUCGAUGGACCUGCCAGCAACGAACUUGUUCCAUAUGUUCCAUAUGUUCUAUGGAACUAGCGCUACAUCUACACUAUUGUUAUGGUACUGGCCAAUUUAGUGAAUAAAAUUAUAUUUAUUUAUCCAACAAUAUAAAUAUAAAUACUAAAUAUUAAAUAUAUUAUUUAUAUAUAUAUAUAUAAAUAUAAAUAAAUAUUAAAAAAAUUUGUCGAUACGAGAGUCCAGUUCUAUUAUUAGAACAAUUGGAACCGAUGGAACCAUUUACCGAGUAGUUAUAGAUAAGGUGUAGCGCUGUUUUAUCGAUUAUCGGUAAUUAUAUCUGGAACGAUCUCACACCACAUGUAAUAACAAUUAAUAUAAACAAAAUAUUUUUAAUUAAAUUUAAUAAAAAAAAAUGUUUUGUGAACGCCCAACUAACCUGCCAACCAGAUUCUGUCAAUCAACGAAAGGCAAUUUUUAUUAGGCGGUUUACUCUUUCCUCGUUCUU